AUGGCCUUGCCACUAACAAUUGCCGCUGACCUUAAUGGUCAAAGUCUAGAGUCCUUCUGGGCGAGCUUAUCCUAUACUUUAUGUGGUCUUAUCAUGCAACCCGUCUGGGCGAGUGUUUCAGACGCAUUUGGCCGAAAGGUCCCUUUAUACAUUUCCAUGGCAUUUUUCUUCUUGGGGUCUAUUAUCUUCGCUGUUGCUAGGAAUAUGAAUAAUGUAAUCGCCGGCCGAGUUCUUCAAGGCUUCGGCGGCGGGGGAAUCGACGUUCUUGCGUCGGUCAUUCUGGCGGAUAUGACAACGCUGCAGGAAAGGUCGAAAUACAUUGGUCUGAUGGCCAUUCCAAUGGCUAUUGGAAAUAUUCUUGGGCCUACGGUUGGCGCGCUCUUCGCUAACUAUGUUACCUGGAGGUGGAUCGGAUGGAUAAACUUACCCUUUCUAGGAAUUGGCACGCCUCUUCUGCUUUUCUUCCUUAAGCUACGACCGGUUCCUCUUGACACGUCACUACUCGGGAACUUGAAGCGCUUGGACUGGAUUGGCAUGGCUCUCGUUACUAUUGGUAUUAGUCUUUUCGCUUUACCUCUCAGUUGGGCGGGCUCCUUGUUCCCCUGGGGUGCGUGGCAGACCCUUCUUCCUCUGCUUCUGGGAGUUAUCGUUCUUGUCAUAUUUGUGUUCUACGAAAAAUAUCCCGAGGCACCUAUCGUUCCGCAUCGUAUCUUUGGAUCCAAAACUGCAAGUAUGACACUGGCUGGAGGUUUCCUCCAUGGAGUGGUCAUGGUUUCUCUCCUACAGUACUUACCGUUGCUAUAUCAAUCUGUGGAACUUGAGACUGCAAUAUUAUCUGCAGUCGCUCUAUUACCAACUGUCAUCAUUAGCGUGGUAUUUGCCGCUGUCUCAAUGUUGCUCGUUCCUGUAUUCGGAGGGUACACAUGGGUUCUCCGAAUUUCAUGGAUCAUUCUAACACUGGGAACCGGUCUACUUGCCCUGUUUGAUAUAGGAUCAUCAUCAUCUAUCCGAUACGGACUACCAAUAUUAUGGGGUAUGGGGAUUGCCCUGCUCCGUCUCAACACCCUUCCUAUGCAAGCGAGUGUCAAUGUCGAUGAUACGGGCGUGGCAAUCGGACUAUUUUUCUCGAUUCGCAUGUUAGGAGGAGUCAUCGGGUUCACCAUCUGCUCAACAAUUUUUAAGACCGUUUUCUCGAAAUACAUCGUGGUUUCUGCCGUGCAACUCACUGGCCCGCUGGCACCGCUCAAAGAUGCGUCCAAUUCUGUCUCCUUUAUUGAAAGUUUGAGAACACUGGAUAUUCCCACUGAAACACUCGAGGAAGUCCUGGAGGUUUAUCGAAAGUGCUUCCAGACAAUUUUUUAUACUAUGACAGGAUUCAGUGUGCUUGGUUUGUUGACUUCAAUGUUUCAAGACGAGAUUGAUUUGAGCAAGCAGAAGCUUGGAAAUCAGCGGUUUGAAGACUGA